AUGACAGAACAAAUCUCCUGUUUCCCAAGCGCUGAGUAUCACGAGUCUUCGUCCGCUAGGUACUGGAACGACGUGCCUUAUGGGAGUACACGACUGAAUCUGCUUGACAUAUGUGUGCCUAAGAGACAGCCUGAAGAUGCUUCACAAGCAAUAUGGCUAGUCUAUAUCCACGGAGGAGCUUGGAGAGAUCCCUUGAUCGAUCGUAAGAGUUUCAAGACUGCCCUCGACAUGCUUCUCGAAGACGAUCAGCCACACAAUAUCGCCGGAUUCGUAUCCGUGGACUACCGCCUGUCACCCUAUCCCUCUCACCCUAUAUUGCCAUCGUCUCCAAGCGACGAUAGCCGUAAUUCACAGCAUCCAGAGCACCUUGACGACAUCCUCGGUGCUUUGUUGUUCCUUAGCACCGAAGCUGGUCGCUACAUUUUGUGCGGUCAUAGUUGCGGUGCGACACUUGCAAUGCAAGCCACUGCUCUCCUGAACGGUGGACGGCGUGGUACACGGCCUCCAGUAGCAUUGUUGGGUAUGGAGGGCAUCUACGACUUGAAUGCUCUGGUGGCCAAGCAUAGUCAUCCGGCUUAUCGCGAGUUUAUCACAGGUGCUUUUGGUGAAGACGAGGGAACAUGGAUCACUGCAAGCCAACUGUGCUGCGAAUUACAAAAGUGGCAAGGCAAUGCUUUGCUCAUACACUCAAUAAACGAUGAGUUGGUGGAUAUGCAGCAAACAGAUUCGGCGGUGGAAAAGCUGGUCAUACAAGGAUUCACAAGAACAACAGCAGCACCAAGCUCGGUCAAAAACGAUGGCAGGCGAGUGUCGAAGAUAGUCAUCGACUGCAUGCAUGACGAGGUCUGGGAGCAGGGAACCGAGUUGGCAAAAGCGAUUCGAAGCGUGACUGACGAAAGCUGGAUCCCCAAUACCUCGUCUGCAACGUGUUAA